UUGGAUGAUCAAAUCUUGAGUGAUGCAGUAAUAAGGGAAGGCCUGACCCUAGUAGCUAGUGAGGAGAAAGAGAUUCCAACAAUCAGGAGUGGGGUGCAGCAUGUGGUGAUACUAAUCUUGGCCCAUAGCCUGCCCUCAGGAGGAUAUCCAAAGAGCCUGUGUUAUGGAAAACCUCACCUAGUUCCAGGAGGACGGGCUUUUGUGUGGCCAUUUGUCCACAAAUGUCAAAGACUGAGCUUGAACACCAUGACUCUACAGGUGGAGUCACCAAAAGUCUAUACAGCCCAGGGGGUACCCUUGUCUGUGAUUGGUGUUGCACAGGUAAAAAUUCAGGGACAGAACGAGGAGAUGCUCCUAACUGCAUGCCAGCUUUUCUUGGGUAAGAGUGAUGAAGAAAUCAGGCAGGUGGCACUUGAGACUCUUGAAGGUCAUCAGAGAGCCAUCAUGGGAUCUAUGACUGUGGAGGAAAUCUACAAAGAUCGGAAGAAAUUCAGCAAGCACGUUUUUGAGGUUGCAUCUACUGAUCUGGUGAACAUGGGGAUAACGGUGGUUUCCUACACUCUCAAGGAUAUUCGAGAUGAAGAGGGAUACUUGAAAGCCCUUGGGGAAGCUCGUACAGCUGAGGUGAAGCGAGAUGCUCGCAUUGGACAGGCAGAGGCCCGCAAAGGUGCUCAGAUCAAGGAAGCUCUUGCUGAAGAGGAACGAAUGGCAUCCCGAUAUUUGAAUGACAUUGAGAUUGCAAAGUCUCAGAGGGACUUUGAACUCAAGAAAGCUGCUUAUGAUAGUGAAGUUCAAACAAAGAAAGCAGAAGCAGAGAUGGCCUUUGAGCUGCAAGCUGCAAAAACCAGGCAGCGUAUCAAAGAAGAGGAAAUGCAGGUUAAAGUGGUCGAAAGGACCCAAGCCAUUCAUGUUCAAGAACAAGAGAUACAGCGGCGGAUCAAAGAGCUGGAAUCUAGUGUGAAACAACCAGCUGAAGCUGAAAGAUUCAAGCUGGAGAAACUGGCUGAGGGGAACAGGAAACGUGUCUUGCUGGAAGCAGAAGCUGAAGCAGAAUCAGUACGUCUGAAAGGAGAAGCUGAAGCAUUUGCCAUUGAAGCUCGGGCCAAAGCAGAGGCUGAGCAGAUGGCUAAGAAGGCUGAUGCCUGGAGAGAGUACAAAGAUGCAGCUUUGAUAGAUAUGAUGCUUGACACGCUACCAAAGAUUGCAGCAGAGAUAGCAGCACCUUUGGCACAGACAAAGAAGGUCACCAUGGUAUCAUCUGGGAAGGGAGAUGUUGGAGCAGCCAAACUAACUGGUGAAGUUUUGGAAAUCAUGUCCAAGAUGCCAGGUGUCAUCAAGCAGAUGACUGGAGUUGACAUGAGCAAGAAUUUCACAUUUUAUAUUCAUGAACUAGAAAUGAUAGGACCAAAGACAUAUAGAGGUAGGGGAAUAGCAAACAUA